AUGCAGCUACCCCCAAAGAUUAAGGUGCCUGAAUUCCAGAGGUACUACGGCACGACCGACCCUCGUCACCAUCUCCGUCACUACCGGGAAAAAAUGCUGCAGUACUGGGACUACGAAGAGUUUGUCAUCCAUACAUUCCAGGAUAGUUUGGCAGGAGCGGCUCUGGAUUGGUACAUGUCACUGAAAGCUGCAGAUAUCCCCACGUGGGCAGACCUCUCAAACAAAUUCAUCGACCAGUACAGGUACUGUGCGGAGACGCCCCCGACUCUGCUGGAGCUCAGCACGAUGGAGAUGACCGAGGACCAGGGCUUCGAGGCCUAUGCAGUGAAGUGGCGAGCUAGAGCGGCGAAGCACGUCCCUCCGAUCAGUGAGGCACAGCAGAUCCAAUUAUUCCACUCCACUCUUAAAGGGGCAUACUACUUGCACUUGUUGGCCCACACGUCUUCAUUCUCUAACCUUAUCGACGCCGGAAAGAAGCUCGACAUCGGCAUCAAGCUCGGCAAGAUAGAAGGUCCGGUCGAGAAAAAGGAAGGAGAGUCCUCGAAGAGGGCCGCCACUGGGACAGCGGGAAACAGGAGAGGGAAAGACACGUCCGUCAAUGCUGUCAACUCAAGGCGCCAGGCCCCCCAGCAAUAUUCUAUAAGUUACACGCCCGCACCACCAGCCGCUAAAGCAUAUGCUCCGCCUUCGAUACAUUAUCAACCACAACCCCCAGCUCAGCAAGUUUACUAUUCCGCCCCACCGGCUUCCUUUCCAUUGCCAGUCCCGCAGCAAUACGCCCAUAAUCAUGCUUCUGCUCCUCCUCAGGCCCCGCAAUACAGGCCUCCGGCUUCGAGAACUCCUCAGCCGACACAACAGGCCCCAGCCCCACAAGGUCAGCAAGGUGGCGCAACGCAAAAUCGGCAGCGUAAACAGUUCACGCCUCUGCCGGCUCCGCUCUCCUACAUAUACCGGCAACUCCUCGCGGGUAACAAGAUCCGAUCGAUAGCACCUAACCUUGAUUUUGACCCAACCAUCCAAGAUCAGAGUCGGCGCUGCGAGUACCACCAGGGCGCACCCGGUCACACCACUGACAAUUGUUGGAAACUACGGGAGAGGAUCCAACAGUUGAUUGAUGACAAGCAACUCACGUUCAACGCCGUCAAACCCCCAAACGUGCAAUCAAAUCCUCUUCCCGAUCACGGGUCGAGCUCGGGACCCAGCAUUAACAUGAUCGGUGUUUGCGCUACGGGAGAGUACGAGACCGGACAGGAGGCACCGGCCCCGUUUGUGAUCGAAUAUGUUCCUGCAGAAGCUGGUGUAGGGUAUGCAGGGUUUGAUGCCACGCCCGCCCCAUUCGUGAUAGAAGUCCCGGCACGUGAGCCAUAUCAAGACAGCAGGGUCCCGUGGACCUACGAAGGAAGUGUUGGGAACCUCGAGAGUCAAUUUAGCGUCAUGGGCGUGACGCGCUCGGGUCGAGUCUAUGAGAAUCCGAAGGUCGCAAACAAAGAGAAAGCCCUGGCAAUGCCCGAAGUCACCCCGGAAGCCUCGUCCAUUCCCCAGAAGAAGGUGGUAGAGCAAAUGGCCAAGUCUCCGGCCCAUAUUUCGCUACUCGCCCUCCUCUUGGGUUCAGAGCCACAUCGUGAAGCGCUUCUAAGGGUCCUGACAGCAGCGCAGAUCCCCAAAGAGACGGCUCCGGAGCGGAUUGAGGAGACUAUCAGUUCGAUCUUCUCCAACAACAUUUCAUUCUCGGAUGAUGAACUUCCCUCAGAAGGGUGGGCACAUUCGCGGGCACUACACAUUAUGAACGUAGACUUUAACCGCAUCCGUCCGAGCAAGACUGCAGUUCGAGCCUUCGAUGGCUCGCGAAGGGAAGUAAAUGGAGAGAUCGACCUGGUGAUCGAGGUGGGUCCCUGCUCAUUCGCUGUUACGUUCCAAGUCUUAGACAUUCCGAAUGCUUUCAGCUUGUUGCUCGGGAGACCGUGGAUCCAUGCAGCUGGCGCCGUUCCUUCGUCCCUACACCAAAGGAUCAAAUUCAUCGCAGAAGAUCGACUUAUCACGGUCAAGGGUGAGGAGGACUACGCCAUUUACAAGGAGACAGCUGUCCCCUACAUCAAGAGGUUUCCACCCAAGCGACAGCACUUACGGCGGCAACGUGCCGGCCUUCUCCUCCGCAUCAAAGAGGAGAUCAUUAAACAGAUCAAUGCAGGGUUUCUGGAAGUUUGCAAUUAUUCUGAGUGGGUAGCGAACAUCGUGCCCGUGGAGAAGAUGGAUGGAAGAGUUAGAGUCUGCGUCGACUACCGAGAUCUCAACAAAGCCAGCCCCAAAGAUAACUUUCCCCUACCUCACAUUGACGUCUUAGUCGACAACACAGCUCGCCACACGUUGUUUUCCUUCAUGGAUGACUUCUCCGGGUCUGAGUGUACAGAUCCUGGGAGGUGUCCCCCGAGCGGGCGUAUGUCUGUCUCGUUCGACAAGCCGCGGUCCCUAUUCGGGUGA